AUGAUCAAGAGUAUACUGUGGAGGCCGUCAACAGAGAUAUUGAAAGAAGAAGGGUUAGACUUAGACUUAGAAGAAGAAGAAGAAGAAGAAGAGGAAGAAGAAGAAGAAGAGUUAUUAUGUGAAAGGGUGGUUAAGGUUGUGGAGAAUGGGAUAUCUUAUAUGAUCUCGUUGGAUGGACAAAAGACAGGGUUUUAUGCGGAUCAGCGUGAAAACCGUGAAUUUAUAUCUACCAUUUCGGAUGGUCAAAGAGUGCUUGACAUGUGCUGCUAUACUGGUGGCUUUGCUCUAAAUGCUGCACAUGGUCAUGCUUUGGAAGUCACUGGUGUUGAUACGUCAUCUCCUGCUUUGGAAGUAGCUAACCAUAAUGUCAUUCUCAACAAUCUGGAUCCGGGGAAGAUAUCAUUCCUGAAACAAGAUGCAACUAUUUUCAUGAAGAAUGCUGCUUCUAGGAAUGAAUUAUGGGACAUAGUGAUUAUGGAUCCCCCUAAGUUAGCACCUCGGAGGAAGGUUCUACAAAGUGCAAGUGGAAUGUAUAGGAAUCUGAACUCACUUGCGAUGCGGUUAACAAAACGGGGUGGGUUUUUGAUGACUUGUUCGUGUUCAGGAGCUAUGACUCAGAAGAGUGGGCAGUUCUUGGGUGUUCUCCAGGGGGCUGCGUCAAUGGCUGGUAGGAAGAUAACAGUUGUACGUCAGUGCGGGGCAGCCUGUGACCAUCCUAUCGACCCAUCUUAUCCAGAAGGAGCCUACCUUACUAACAUUUUAUUAAGAGUCCUUUGAACUCAAUUCUCAAAUACCUUUUAACUUGUUGAAUAUUUUAUUAAUCACAAUCACAAUCAACCAACUUUCUAAUAUAUCUUCCUAUUUCUUAACAUAUCAUCCGGUAUAUGUACUAGUCAAGUC